AUGGAUGGCUCGCAGAUGAGUGCUGAAGUGCUUCAGCAGCUCUACCAGAACGACAUGCAGCAACAUCUCAGCCCUGAGAUGCAGCAGCAAGUGCAGCAGGUGCAGCACAUGCAAUGGCAGCAGAUGAUGCAGGGCCAGGGCCAAGAUGGGGCCGAGGGCUACGAGGGCUAUCCGAAGGGGCCCGGAGCCGGCGGACAGGAGGAGGCCAAGGAGGAUGCCGAAGGCGAAGGCCAGUAUCGAGACUACCAGGAGAAGUACCAGGAAGAGGACUACCAGGAGGGUGAUGAGGACAUGAGCGACCAGAUGCACCAACAACUGCAGCAGCGAAUGCAGCAGCAAAUGCAGCAGCAGAUGCAGCAGCAAAUUCAGGCAAGGAUGCAGCAGCACCUGCAACAGCACAUGCAGAACCAAAACCUGCAAGGUCAGAACAUGCAGCAGCCGCAGCACAUGCAGCAUCAGCAACAUCAGCAGAUGCAACAGGAUCAGUACAAUCAGACACCCCAACCUCCAGAACCCCCACGCCAGAACCAAAAUCCUCUUACGGGAGCUCCGUACACCCCUCGCUUCUACUACCUCUUGGAGAAGCGGCAAAGACUGCCAGCCUGGAUGGCAAGACAGGACUUUCUGAAACUUAUGCAAUCGAACCAAGUUUUGGUUCUGGUGGGCGAGCCCGGAUGCGGCAAGACCACGCAGUUGCCGCAGAUCUUGCUUGACGCCGGUUACCAUGUCCAGAUGGGCCAGGUUCGAGCGAUUUGCUGUGUGCAGCCGAGCCCUUUGGCGACGCUGAGCGCCUCCCUCCGAAUCUGCGAAGAGCUGGAGGUGCAGGUGGGAACCUUCGUGGGACACGUGACCCGCUUCGAGGACCGAACCUCCGGGGACACGCUCCUGCGGUUCCUGACGGACGAAGCCCUCUUCCGGGAGGCCAUGGAGGAUCCACUGCUGGAGAGAUACAGCGUCAUCAUCCUGGAUGAGGUGCACCUCAGGACCUGUGAGACGGAUGUGCUCAUGGGCAUCCUGAAGAUGGUAAUGCAACGACGCCCCGAACUGAAGCUGCUGCUGCUGUCAUCCUCCAUGGAUGUGAAGAAGGUGCAGGCUUACUUCGAGGGCGGUGCCCCGCUGCUGCAGGUUCCCAAUCGGACUUUCGCGGUUGAAGUUUUCCACUGCCAGGAUGCGGAGAAAGACUAUCUAAAGGCUGCUGUUCGGACGGUGGCUCAAGUUCACACCACGGAGCCUGAGGGCGAUAUCCUCUUAUUCUUGCCCUUGGAAGAUGAGAUCGACUUAGCAUGCCAGCUACUCCGGAAGGAGUCAGUGCACAUGAUGAACUUCGGGGACCUGCAGGUGCGGGCUCUAUAUCUUGGCCUGCCAAUCAUGGAGACGCAGCGAGUCUUCGAGCCCGCUGCGCAGAUGAAGAUGAUGGCCGGCAAGCCAAGCAGGAAAGUCGUUGUGGCGAGUGCCAUUGCUGAGACGUCCCUAGCAGUCGAUGGGAUCACUUACGUCAUCGAUGCUGGCCUUGUUAAGCAGCGUGCCUACAACCCUCGGACGAGGAUGGAGGUGAAUGUGGUGACGCCGAUCUCCAAGGCCUCAGCGCUUCAGCGAACGAGCCUUGCCGGCCGGCAACGCCCUGGGAAGUGCUUCAGACUCUACCCAGAGCGGGCGACCAGCGACUGGCCUGAGAAGGUUUAUCCUGAAAUCAUGAGAUCAAGCCUUACGACCAUCGUGCUGAUGCUCAAGCGCUUGGGCUUCGACGACGUGGUGCACUUUGACUUCGUGGAUCCGCCCUCGCCGGAAGCGCUCAUGAGGGCCCUGGAGUCCCUGAACCACUUGGGCUGCAUCGAUGAUAACGGGAACAUCACGGAGGUUGGGAACCAAGCCUGCCGGCUUCCAGUGGAUCCACAGAUCGCACGGAUGCUCAUCGAAGCCCCGGCGCACCGAUGCAGCAAUGAGGCUUUGUCCAUCGCAGCGAUGCUCUGCUCGCUACCUGUGUGGCUCCGACCCAACGAUGCCUUCCGGGCAGCGAACGAGGCCAAAGCCAGGUUUGCCCACAUGGAUGGAGAUCAUCUGACCCUCUUGAAUGUUUUCCAUGCCUACAAGCAGCAGAUCCAGGAUGGCCACGAUCCUUCCAGGUUUUGCGCGGAGAACUUUAUCUCCAUCCGGGCAAUGCGCCAUGCAGAGAUCGCCCGGGACCAUCUGAAAAGGAUCAUGGAAAGCAUCGGGCUGCAAAUGAUCAGCACGGAUUUCCAGGAUAAGGAGUACUAUCCCAACAUCAGGAGGUGCCUCGUGUCCGGCUUCUUCAUGCAGAUCGCUUGUUUAGAAAGCGAGAAACGGGGAGCUUACAGCAUGCUCAGAGAUGGCCAGGAGGUCAUGCUGCACCCUUCCACCUCCCUCGGACACCGGCCGGAGUGGAUCGUCUUCCACGAGCUGGCUUUGUCGUCAAAGCUCUUCAUCAAGACAGGCACGCAGAUCAAGCCGGAGUGGCUGCUGGACAUCGGGCCCAGGGGCUACUUCGACAGUCAGAAGAUCUCCGAGAAGAGCUCCGCCAGAAGCAAGCUCGAGAAGCUGAGCUCGAGGCGAAGCGAAGGCUGA